UCGAAGCUCAACGCGAAUGUACUGCAAAAUUAAGGUUAUGUCAACAGUUUGUCAGAAACACCACGGUUGUUGACAAAAUCGCUAGUAAGUCCAAUUUUAUAUUCUUAUAUUCCAACUCCAAUUAAUUAAAUACAUCGUACUGUGACUUAUUUGAUGUAGUUAAGUGAAAAAGUAAAUUAACUUCUACAAUGGGAGACUUCUUUUACGACGACGACGAAGACUACGGCGACUACGGCCUUGAAUACUCCGAAGAGAGCACUUCGGAGCCAGACGUCGACCUAGAAAAUCAAUACUACCUCGCCAAAACGCUGAAAGAAGAAAACUUGGAGAAUUCCAUCGCGGCCUUUCAGAAAGUUUUGGAUCUACAGGGCGAGCCAAAAGGAGAGUGGGGCUUCAAAGCUCUCAAACAACUAGUGAAGAUUAAUUUCCAAUUGAAAAACUACAAGGAGACUAUGUUGAAAUACAAGGAACUUCUCGGAUACAUCAACAACGCGGUGACUAAAAAUCACGGCGAGAAGUCGAUAAAUUCGAUCUUAGAUUAUACAUCGACGUCUAAAGACAUAGCGAUGUUACAGAAUUUCUAUGAAACUACGCUAGAGGCCCUGAAAAACGCCAAAAAUGAUAGGUUGUGGUUCAAAACGAACACAAAACUGGGUAAAGUCUAUUUGGAACGCGGGGAAUUUUCGAAAUUAGCGAAUAUUAUUCGACAGCUGAAACAAACGUGCAACCCAAAUUGCCAUGAGAUAGACCCACACAAAGGCACCCAGCUGCUGGAGAUCUACGCGUUGGAGAUACAGAUGUACACCGAGCAAAAGAACCACAAGCAACUCAAGGACCUGUACGAGCGCAGCCUGAGGGUGCGUUCCGCGAUACCCCACCCCCUGAUAAUGAGCGUGAUCAGAGAGUGCGGCGGAAAAAUGCACCUACGCUCCGGGGACUACGAGAAGGCGUACACGGACUUCUUCGAGGCCUUCAAGAACUACGACGAGGCCGGGAACCCUAGGAGGAUCAACUGCCUCAAGUACCUCAUUCUGACGAGCAUGCUAUUGAAGUCGGCCAUAAAUCCGUUCGACUCCCAGGAGGCGAAGCCGUACAAGAACGAUUCCGAGAUAAAGGCGAUGACGGACCUGAUAUCCGCCUUUCAGAAUAACGACAUGCAGGGAUUCGAGAAGAUAUUUCAGGAAAAUAAGGAGUCCCUGAUGGCGGACCCGUUCAUCCACGAGCACAUCGCCGAACUGCUCAAACACGUUAGAACCAAAGUCCUGUUGAUCCUUGUCAAACCGUACAAAAACGUCAAGUUAUCCUUUAUUAGUGGCGAAUUGGGUAUAAACGAGGACGAGGUGGAAUCCUUGCUUGUGUCCUGCAUCCUGGACGAAUGUAUCGAAGGCAGGAUCGAUCAGGUCAACAAGAUUUUGAUCAAGAGGCCAAAGGCUCAGGACGAGAAGUAUCUGGCUUUGGAAAAACUGGCUAGUCAGAUUAAGAAGUUGAGUUUUGCCAUAGGAGUUUAAUGUUUUUUAUUUUGUUGAGUUGAAUUUAAGUAAUGAUAAUUUUUUAUUUUUUUUUUUUUUUUGAUUUAAUAAAGUUUGUGAUUCAGUUGUCUUA